GAGAGAGGAUCCCGCCCUAAAGGCUCUCCUUAUCUGGGAGCCUCGAGCGCGAAAGGCUGCAGGCACCCCUACCUCCCGGAUGACUUUGCCAGGGAGCGCCAGGUCCAUCUGGGCAGGCGAUCCCCCUGUUACCCACAGCGGCUUUGGGGACAUCCCUGUUCAAAGAUCGUUUGCGAUCGAGCCCGUUCCUUCCUAAUCAGCAUCUCGCGCGUUUACUAUUUGGGAAGCUAUCCAGGGACCGUCCUCCCACGACCCCAGGUUAACUAUCAAAAUUAAAACAAACUUUCUCUUCGUUUGACAUGAAAUGAGCAAAGCAUACUUGGAAGCAGUAAGCUCUACUUAUUAGCAAAAGGAGAAACUGGACUUGAAAAACAAAAUGGAUUACAAAAAACUGCCUCUGGAUGAAUGGCUUGAGCAUCAUGUUAGCUGCUGGUUGGAGUCCACUGGAAUUAAGAAGGAGUAUGUAGAAAAACUCUAUGAAGAGGAAGUAACUGGCCCAACGCUUAAAGUAUUAGAUGAACCGUUCCUCAAGAAAAUGGGCAUGAAGAAAGGCCAGAUUCAACUACUUAUGAAGAAGAGAGAUCAACUUCUGGAGGAGAACACGGGCAAAGAUUUUACCCCUGAGGACGUCAAGAAGGCAGAUGAAUCAGACAACAACAACAAAAAUUCAAAGAAGGAAAAACAGAAAAAACAAAAACAUAGAUCGAUGGUUUCAUCAACUGAAGAACAAAAAGAUGACCUAGAAGAAAUCAAACAUGAACAAACUGACAUUAAGUCAACUCCUUUAAGGCACAGAGCUUCAAAACUACAGUGCUCAGGUGAAAAAGAUAUGGCACACACAAUUGCUGCAGCUAGCAACACAGAAACCGUAAGGGAUACCUCUGCUCUGAAUGAACCACUACGCCUCAGUCCGUUCAGGCCAUUCAACAGGGACAGUGUUAAUUUUAAAUAUAUUAGCAAUACAGUACUCUCUCCGGAAACAGGUGUCAAAGAUCUAAUUACCCCUUGCCAUGAAUACAAAUCCUUUGUUACAGCUGCUAGGCUGGACAGAACAAGACUGCAGGCAAAGUUUGCCCAUGAAUUGAUCAAGUUUGCCUCUGCUUGCCUGAAUGUCCGAACAAAUGGCACCAUUCACUUUGGUGUUGUGGACAGUGUUGAAGAAAAGGGCUGGGCGCAUGGGCAGAUUGUUGGAGUACCCAUAAGAGACAGAGACAUGUAUGUGGAUGCUUUAGAUUACAUAGAAAAAUGUUUUGAUUCAGAUUCUCAGGAGGCUGCAAGACUGUGCAUUCAUCCUCCUGUUUUUAUUGAAGUGAUUCAGAGAGACAGUCGUGAGCAAUUCUUUGUUGUAGAAGUUGACAUAGAACCAUUAUCUAGCAUUGUAAAAGGGAAGUUAUUUCAAGUACGUAUACCCAGUUUUAAUGAACAAAAUAACAAGGUAAACUAUGAAAAGACAAAUGGCUUUGAAAGAGUAGGUACAAGGUCUCAGCCAAUAAAAUAUGAAAAUCCAGUGCGUUUCACUGAGGAGUUGCAGGAGAAAGACUCUUGGAGAGAAAAGGCUGAAACGUCUGCUCAUGGCAAUCAAAUAGAAAGUCCUCAAAAUUUAGGUCGAAAGUUAUCUAUUCUGUUGACAGAUGGCAAAAACUGCCUAGAUAGCUCUAUGUGGUAUAUUCUUGUUACAAACAAAUGUGGGGAGGAAGACCUCAAGUCUAUUAACUUUUUGAUGCACAUGAAUAUUUUCUGUGUAUUUGAUUUUGAUGAAGAUUCAAAUGUGUCAGGUUUGUAUUCCAAGUACAAAGAACAUCAUGCAACCAGUUCUCAUUUCUUGAAAAAUUACUCCAAUGAUAGCAAGAUGAGCACCACUGAAUUUCAAAAACAUCUCUGUCUGUUUGUGAAGAAAAGCUGGAUAUUUUGCAAUGGACGCAGCGACUUUCUUGGAAAUGAAGAAACUUGCGAUGAAAAUACUUGGAUUAGAACUAGAAGGAAGUAUCUGAAAAAAGCAGUAUCUUUUAUCUGUGAUGACGUUCUCCCAAAGGGAUCUUUUCUGGUGAUUUUCCUUCUCUUGUCACCUGUGGAGAAACCGAUGGUAGAGACCUUCCAUGAAUUUUACAGUGAAAUGAAUGGCAUGGAUUUCAUAAUAUGUCUUGCUGAGUCUAAAGAAAACUAUGAUAAGUGGGCUAAUCUAGCUCAGGCAUCCUGCAGCAGCAUUGAAACCCUAAAACAGAAAAGUAUUGUAGGUAUGAAGCUAAGCCAUGUGGAUGCUACUGUUCAAAAUAUGUUGCCUUCUACAACAAAUUAUGGACAUUUGCCAGUUUCUACAAAGGGGAUAUGUUCACUUCCCCCUCUGGAAAAAGAGAAAAUGUAUUCUCUUGAAAUAUUAUGUGCUGAUCAGUGUGAUGAUAUCAAACUGGAUCUUCUCAGUGCAAAAGAAAUAGAGGAAAUAGAUGAGCAUUUUUAUCGGGGUAAAAAGGUUAGCUGGAAGAAUUUCUGGCUUGCUGAUAAAAGAAAAUGUGAGGAAAUUAUUGAGCGGGAAGCUUGUAAAGAGGCUUCUAGAAUGCUGAAUGAUAUUUUGUGGGGGAAUCAGUUCAGGUAUCCAGUGACUAAACUGAAAGUAUUCCAUCAUCCUGGAAGCGGAGGAAGUACUGUCGCAAGACAAGUGUUGUGGAAACAAAGGAAGGAUUUGCGAUGUGCCGUCAUCAGAACAAUGUACCCAGUUGCCACUGUCUGCCAGCAUGCAGUUGACUUCCGACAUUAUGAUGAAAGAGAUCUCAGGAGUUCUCUCCCUGUCCUUCUUUUGGUGGAAGAUUAUGAUGAAGAAUAUCUAGAUGAGUUAUAUUAUUCUUUAACUGAUGCCAUGGGACCGAAUAUCCGCCAUCCUUCCAGACCUUCGUUCAUCCUCCUGUGCUGUAAACGGUCCAACGUCCCCAAUAAGCUUUGCAAAGCUUCUCAUCAGGAUACAGUUGCUGUUACUCAUAAAUUGACAGACCAAGAGAAAAAUCUAUUUGAAAGAAAGCUAGAAAAAUUUGAAAAGCAGAAGGAUUUCAAACUGGAGUACAUCAUUACGUUUGUACUUAUGAGCAAAGAAUUUGAACCAACAUAUGUGAGAGAAUUUGUAGAACACUUGCUCAAAGAUAUAGACUUUUCUUCUCGUGUAACAACACUGAUGAGAUAUGUUGCCUUACUCAAUUUCUAUGUGCAUAAUUCAUACAUCUCUUUAUCCCACUGUGAAGCUUUCCUGGGACUCAUGCCUUAUGAAGAAAUGACAGCGAGACAACAUGAUUUCAUAAGUAACUUAAGUGAACAGGCACAGCUUAUUUUCAUUGAGCUGAGAGAAACUACCACUUAUAUUACAUCCAUUCAAAUAAUACACCACCUUGUUGCAAAGGAAAUACUGAAUCAGCUCUCAGAAAGUCGGCCUCAGAGUAAAAUUGCCAUGGAACUUCUCCAAGAAAAAGCAUUUCUUCAGCAUAGGUUUGGGCGGGAGGAAUUCCUAAAGUUCAUCAGAGAUCUGUUUAUAAAGCGUGACAAAAAGAGUAGAGGAGAUAACACCGAUAGCCUGUUUUCUCCAUUCAUCGAGCAUGUUUGUAACACCGAAGACCCUGAAAAAGCUAUAGGGGUUUUAAAGCAUGCUUAUGAAUGUCUGGGAGAAGAUGCCUUUUUUGCCCAACAACUUGCUAGGUUACAUUACAAUUAUGAAAAGUUUGAUGAUGCAAAACAGUGGGCAGAAAAAGCCAGAUCUCUUUUGCCAACAGAUUCGUUUAUCCUGGACACAGAAGGGCAGGUAUAUAGGAAGUGGUUUAGCUUUAGAGUGGACAAAAUGUCAAAUGAAGCCACUCCUGAAGACAUCAUUCAAACUAUCGAAAUAGCCCUUAAAGCAAUGAAAUGUUUCCGAGCUGCACAACAGGCGGCAAAGUCUGAGAAAGAUAGCAUGAAUAACUCAGGUUAUUUUGGAGAAGUAGAAGUGGGAUGUCGUUUAUUGAAGCUACUAUCGACACUUGAUGUAUUCCCUAAAACUGCAAACAGAGAACAUCCUGAACUUGUCCAAUAUUUACUUACCGAUUACAUUCCAGAAGAUAUAAAAAAGCCUUGGGGAAAACUUCAUAGUCGCUUAAAAGGCUUACGACAGAACAUCUACAAUGCUUUGGAUUGGAUCUCAGAAGAUCUGAGUUAUUUCCAAACAGAUAAAAACCAAACAGAUGAGGAUGAUGAGAAAGAAGAACAAGUUCACAAUCCUCGACGAUGGCUCAAAAGACAAUGCACAGUAUAUGCAAUGUUCUUUAGUUCAGAAACACUGCUUGAAGAAAAUGGUGCGGGAUCUAAAACCCAACUGAUCCGACAAAUGCAUAUUUAUAAAUAUGGUGGUGGAAAUGUCACCACUAUUCUGUCAUUUCUGUCAGAUAAGAAUGAUAAGAAAGCAAUUCAAAGUCUUGAAAAAAUAAUAACCUUAUACUCAGAAGCCCCACAGAAAGACAGCCUAGAGGACACAGACCGUAUACAUUAUAUAUUAUGUCAUUUUACCCUAGCAUGUCUGGCACCUGGCUCUUCCAGGCUCCUUGACCUUCGGACGCUCCGAGAACUCAGCAAGCCAUUUUAUAAAAAGAGAAAAACCACAUUUCCCGCCAGUGCUCAUUUUUUGCUUACUCUACUUUACUGGCCUGAUGCUGCCAUGGACAAAGAUUCUAACUCAGAAAAAGAUGAUAUCUUAAAAUCAGCCCUUGAUACAUUAAAACGCUUACAUGACAUCAAAAUUAAAGAUGUUGCUCCAAGGAGGAAAAGAAUCUACACCAUCUUUUUCUUGGGAAAAGGCUAUGGCUUAGGAAAGAUUGUGCCCAAGGUGAAGAUUGACAAAUUAAUGAAAGGUUCUCUGGAUGAGCGGCGAAAAAUGUGGCAAAAUGGCGGAGUGUGGAAAGUAGGGGAAGUACAUACAGUGCUUGAGAGGGUGAAUGGGUGGACAGAAGAUGGCAGAGUUUUCGCAAUGGGUCACACAGGACGAAUUCCAAUUCUGCCUUUGCAUUUUGAUUCAAUGCCACCUGGAAAUGAAAAUGUAAAGUUCUAUGUAGGUUUCUCUUUUAAUGGUCUUGUUGCCUAUGAUAUUCAGGUAAAAAUGUAGAAAAUAAAUAUCCAGUAUCCUGUAAGGCUUCAGAAACUUGGGUGCCUAAAGAAAUACGAGUUUGGAUGCAGACUUGGUCCUGGAACUACUAAAAUAUGCAGUUCUUCAAUUAGUCAAAUUUAACUUGUCCCAUUCAUUUCACAGGGUUAACUAAGCAUGGCAAAGUGUCAGUCCAAUCUAAGGCACAUUUUUCUCUUCAGUCACAGAUUCCAUCUCUUCUGAGUAGUUCUCUUCUGAGUGGUGCAGAACUACCGGUAUUUUAAUAUGUUAGAGAUAAUACUCUGGGAUUUACAAAAAUAUUUAAUCAGGUAUUGUGAGAGCCAAAAUCCAUUUAAUCUCAGUGUCUGUGAAGAAUUAGGAUUCCUUGCUGUUGAAAUCAAUGUGCUUAGCUCCAUUAACUCUGUGUAGAAUUGCAGUGCUUAAUGUUUUUAUUUUCAUGAUAUUUUAUAUUUUUUAAAUUUUCAUUAUAUUUUACAUAUUAGAUAAAGCUUAGCCUACCUGUC